AUCGGGGCAAGCUUGAGAUUAGAGAUCUGGUGCACUGCAACUUCCGGUGUUGCCGGUCCACCAAGAAGACGACGUAGCAAACCCCAUCUACUCUUCCCACCGCCUCUGCCCAGCGCACCUCGCCUUACCUUUGACUAGAGCUGUUGUUAGGGUGAGACGAUGGCUUCUGAAUCAUCUUGGCCUCCCGCACAAGGCCUCACAACCAAGCUUGUUCCGCGCGACAAGGCCACGUUGGUACUCUCAUACUCGACCGUCGUGCGCGCGCCGGCUCCGCUCGUCUUCGACACUAUUUUGCACGCAGCAGAUUAUCCUGCAUGGAACACGUGGGUUCCAUCUGUCCGGAUUGUCGCGCAGCCGCCGUCUAGCUCUGGCGACGAGGAGGCCAAUGACCUCAGCCGCAUGCGCAUCGGCACCGCCAUGGAAUUCGCGGUGGUCAUGGACGCGAACAAGCCCACCAGCAUCAACCGUACGCAACUCAAAGUCGUAGAUGUCUCGACGCCUGAUGCACCGACGUCGUACCUCUCGCCCGAGUUACUCGCAGACGCGACGUUUACGGCGGAUGCGAGCAAGGUGUAUAGGGUUAGUUGGGUAGGAAACGGAGGCAUGUACGGAUUUGCGCCCAAGUUGGAGCGGUUCCACGAGGUGAUUGUGCUGAGUGAGAAUGAGUGCGAAGUGCGGACUUGGGAGAUCAUGGCGGGCAUGACGGCACGGCUGGUCAAGAUGUUGAUGGAGGAGACGUUGAAGGAGAAGGUUGCGCUUUGGUGCCAAGACCUGAAGAAGUAUUGCGAAAAGAAGAGCGCUGAAGGGCCGGCGGCUUGAAGAGACGGCUGGGGCAUACGCACUUUGAGCUCGAUGCAAAGAAUGUCGGGGGUCCAUAUUGCUUGGGCUGUUCCGAUGGUGCGCAUAUAGGGGGAGCCUACCCCGAUAUCUCCUACUACUACUCUCCGAACA